UCCUUAUAGGCAUGGACGAAAUGGACAAAAUCCUACUAAAUGGGUUAAGAAAGGGCCAACAUGGCACUCCAAUGGCGCAAAACACUGUGUUCGGUUGGGUAUUGCUCGGGAACGCGGCCAAUUUACUAAAGCAGCCCACAUCCAUAACCACCUUACACUGUGACACGCAACUAUCCGAGCUGGUCAACAAGUUCUGGGAACUCGAAGAGUUACGCCCGAGAAAGCAUUACACUCCGGAAGAACUCACCUGUGAACAACUUUUCGAAGACACUACCAAGCGAGCUAACGAUGGUAGAUACGUCGUGCGCUUACCGUUGAAGAAAUCCGUACCGAUAGGUGAAUCUAGAAGCAUUGCAGUCCGAGCAUUACUCCGAAUGGAGAAGAGGUUUGCUGCUGACGAACAACUCUAUCGAGAAUAUUGUAAGUUCAUGGAAGAACUUCUUGACUUAGGCCAUAUGGAGCAAGCUGGUGCCGUUACAGGCGACACGUACUACAUGCCGCACCACGCCGUGGUAAAACAUUCAAGUGCCACGACUAAGCUCAGAGUAGUAUUCAACGCGUCCAUGAAGACGUCAUCCGGAAACUCGCUCAACGAUGCUCUGAUGGUAGGGCCGCAGCUACAACAAGACCUAUUCUCCAUACUAGUUCGUUUCCGCACGCAUCGCUAUGGGCUGAUCGCGGACAUCGAGAAGAUGUACCGCCAGGUUUACGUAGCAGAACAAGAUGCUGACUAUCAACGUAUAGUAUGGCGUGAGAACUCAUCACAACCCAUUCGCGAUUAUCGUCUUCUGAGAGUAACUUAUGGAGUGGCUUCGGCAUCGCAUCUUGCUGUGAAAUCGUUACAUCGCGCUGCGCUGGAUGCAGGCGAUGCAUAUAAAGGGAUCGCUGAUGUCAUUACAAGGGAUUUCUACAUGGACGAUUUGUUAACGGGGUCGGACUCCCUGCAUGACUUAAUCACGCUGCAGAAAGAUGUCGCCUUCGUAUUGUCUAAGAGUGGUUUUGAACUGCGAAAAUGGGCCACGAACUGUCAGCCGUUACGAGAACGAAUACCGCACGUUUCCAAGCAAGUUUCGCAUCUUUUAGCUGAAGGAAAUGAAAUCCGAACUCUGGGUUCCGUUUGGCACACCGAUAAUGAUUUACUUUCUAUUGCUGUCAAUCUACAAGAAUUGCCUGACAAGAUCACAAAACGCGUGUUUCUAUCCGACUCAAGCAAGAUAUUCGAUCCGCUUGGAUUAGCCGCGCCCUGUACAAUUCGCGCUAAAAUUUGGUUACAAAGGGUAUGGCGUUCAAAUGUAGAUUGGGACGAGUUAGUACCACUGAAUGUAGCAGAAGAUUGGUUGGCGCAUCGAAGUGAGUUACCUAAACUUGCAUCGCUUAAGCUGAAGCGUUGGCUGGGCACGGGCUCAGUGGUCGACGCGGAAUUCCAUAUCUUUACGGACGCUUCGGAAGCUGCUUAUGCGGCUGCGCUUUAUUGCCGGACGCAAAACGCAAACGGUGAGAUAGAGGUGGUAUUAGUUGCCGCCAAAACCAAGGUAGCGCCUGUGAAGGUCAUUUCGUUGCCGCGCUUAGAACUAUGCGCUGCUCAUCUAGGCGCAAGGCUGGUACGGCAAGUUCGAUCUAGCCUCGCCUGUAAGCUCGGUAAGCUGUACGCGUGGACAGACUCCACAGUUACGUUAGCGUGGUUACAAGGUACUCCAAGUCGCUGGUCCGUCUUCGUUGCAAAUCGCGUUGCGGACGUACAGGAAGUGUUGCCGGCAAAUCACUGGAGACACGUCGCGUCGGAACAUAAUCCUGCUGAUUGCGCUUCGAGGGGCAUCACGCCUUCUCAGCUGCUCGCGCAUCCUCUAUG